AUGUUGAGAUCAACGCUGAGCAACUGGAGAGAAUACUUGACCCCCAUAACCCACAAAUCCACGUUUUUAACAACGGGACAAAUAACACCAGAGGAAUUCGUUCAAGCUGGUGAUUAUCUAGUUAAUAUGUUCCCCAUUUGGAAAUGGAAUGAUGAUGAUAAUGAUAUUAACGUAAAUGAAUUAUCUUUGAGGGAUUUUUUGCCUGAUGAGAAACAAUUUCUUGUCAUUAGGAAAGUCCCUUGUUUGGAACGUGCUGAUGAUAUUAUGGAUUUCAAAGAUGAACGAGAUGAGAACGUUCAUGUAUUCGAUGACGAUGAUGAUAAUGAGGGUGGAGAGGAGCAGGAGGAUACUGUUAACAUGACUGGUUAUACCACUAUGCAGAAACUAGACCGUAAAACUGCGAAAGCACAGGGUAGUAAUUUGAUGGAUAAUUCUAGUGAUAUUGAUGCCAUGUUACAAGAUAUGGAAAUACGAGAUGAUGACGAUGACCUGGAAGUCACAAGGAACGAUGAUAAUAUAACCAAUUGUAAGAGACGAUAUUAUGAUCUUUAUAUUACAUAUUCUACAUCUUAUCGUGUACCUAAGAUGUAUAUAGUAGGGUUUAAUGGUGAUGGAUUACCUUUAACUCCGAAACAAAUGUUUGAAGAUAUUUCACCUGAUUAUAGAUCCAAAACUGCUACUAUUGAAAAGCUGCCAUUUUUCAAGAAUUCCAUUCCUUCAGUAUCGAUCCACCCUUGUAAGCAUGCUAAUGUCAUGAAAGUUUUAUUAGACAAGGUUCGUAUAGUGAAUCAAAGAAGAAGGGAAGAACAGAAUCACAAUGAAAAGAAUGACGAACUUGAGAAGAAGGAACGGGAGGAAGAAGGACAGCAUCCAGAUAAAGAGGGUUGGGAGGAUUUACAAGAUGAUAUUAAUGAUACUAUUCGUGCCGAUCAAUACUUGGUUGUUUUUUUAAAAUUCAUCACAAGUGUUACACCAAGUAUCGAGCAUGAUUAUACAAUGGAAGGUUGGUGA